AUGGACACCAAAAUUCACCCUGCCAUGAAGGUUACUAACAUCAAAAACAUGAUUCCUCUGAUUCUGGAAGACGAAUCCUCUCACUUUACUACCUGGACAACCCUGUUCAAAGUGCACUGUCGUGCGUAUCAGGUGUACGACCAUCUGCAGCCCCGCCCUGCAGUGCCUAUCCCCGCCGGUCCUUCCCCUGAAUCGGACGCAACCACGACCCUUGCUGCCAAAGUCGAGGCUGAUGCUCUUUGGUCUCGUCUUGACGCCACAGUCUUGCAGUGGAUAUAUGGCACAAUCUCGAAACCCCUUCUCCAUAUUAUUUUGGUUCCCGGACAGACCGCAUACGAAGCAUGGACUGCAAUCGCGAACCAUUUCAAUGACAAUAAAAGCGCUCGUCAAAUUCACCUGCAGCAACAGUUUUCCAACAUUCACCUUGACGCCUUUCCGAACAUGGCCGCCUAUUGCCAACAAGUUAAGCAUCUUGCCGAUCAACUGAGCAAUGUCGGUGCACCAGUCAACAAUCAACGCCUCGUCACUCAACUUCUGGCCGGCCUAACCGAAGCCUACGACAGCAUCUCUACUGUUCUACAAAAUCGAGAGCCUCUACCAGAUUUCAGCGAAUGUCGCUCCCGCCUCACCAUGGCUGAAACCACGAAGAAAUCGGUCUCCACACGUGCAGCAACCACUUCGGUGUAA